AUGAAGAAAGAGAGAAUCUAUCUCAACAAAGAAAUAAGGGAAUUCCAGUCUCUCCGUUCUGCUUAUUCCGCUACUCCCACUAAUCUCAAGAUCAUUGAUCUAUAUGUCGUGUUUGCGAUCUUCACUGCCUUAAUUCAGGUGGUAUACAUGGCUCUUGUUGGAUCUUUCCCAUUCAACUCUUUUCUGUCUGGGGUGCUUUCUUGUAUUGGUACAGCAGUCCUUGCUGUUUGUCUUCGGAUCCAAGUAAACAAAGAAAACAAGGAAUUCAAGGAUUUGCCUCCAGAACGUGCUUUUGCAGAUUUUAUUCUCUGCAAUUUAGUGCUCCAUUUGGUGAUCAUGAACUUUCUUGGCUAGAUUGAGGCACCAAACCUCGAAAAUAUGUUGCUUUUACAAAUCUUGGUGAUUUAUAUGUAAGAACAAUAUUGAGUUAUUCCUAAGGAUUUUGUUAGGCCUUUAGAAAUAUUAAGCUUCUCAUGCAUGACACUAUAUCAUUUGUGAAUCUUAUAAGAGUAUCAGUGAAGUAGACAAAGUUUGGCCC